AUGCAUCGUCUUUUUACUGAGCUGGAGCCAUCUAUUACUGUCACCGAGCAAAACCUGGCAGACCGAGUUCGGUACAUCCUACGCUCAAAUAUAUUUGAUGGCGCCGAACUCGAACGGCUACGACGUGAGGCUGUUCCCUCAUCAAAUGAAAACGCUACGGCUGAGGGUGCGGUGCCACAAGUUGCAGAACAACCCGCACACGUGGAUGCCGCCGAGAAUACCCCAGUUGUGGUUGCCGAUUCAAAUGAUGAUGGAACAUUCACCCAGGAACUAGAAAUAGAGCAAAUGAGGAGCACAUUGGAAGAGGCGAUUAUGGAAACGCGCAGUACGCCUCUCGAAAAUCGACCGCGACUUCCCCGCAUAGCCCUAAGCAAGCGGAAUCGGGCUGUCGUGAGGGCUCUUAACCCAAUGCUGGUGACCUAUUUGGAAGCCAGCCGGGACCUUUGCGAGACGGACUCAAUUCUCUUUGGCGCCGCACUGGCAGUCUGCCGUAUUAUAGGCGCCAAACUUUCCAAGGCUGGACGCGCUACUGGACAAAGUAGUGCUAUCCCAGCCUGGAGAACAAGAAUCGAGGAACGUAUCGCAAAGGCUAGGGCCCUCAUCGGCAGACUGAUAAGCUUCAGGUCGGGCAAUACCAGGCCGAGGAUUGUACGCACCGUUAGGAUGGCGUUUGCUGGGACAAAUGUUAGUUUGUCCCAGCCGGAUAUCACGCAAAAACUGACGGAGCGCAUAGACGACCUGAAGCAAAAAAUCGCUGCUUGGGGGAAAGCGAAUUCGGCGAUAUACCGAGAGGUCGAGGCGGUUCAACCAGAAUCGUCUCUUCCAGAGUGA